GUCAGACGCAUGGGUCAUGGUAAAUUACAGCAAUCUUGAGGCUGCCCUAACUGCACAGAGAGACUGGUGUUGCACAUUAACUUCACUGGGAUCAAGCCAAUGCAAAAAGUAAGCUUUAUGCUACUUUAGAACUCACCACUUCCCCCCCCAUUCCUACCCCAACUUGCAUUUUGUGUGCUGUACUCAUAGACAAGAAUCCUGCCCAGAAGCUCUAAAAUUGAGAUUUAACUAGCUUUCAUUGUUAAAAUUUGACUUUUUUUUUUCCUUUAACAAAGUCAGAAGCAUUGUAGAUGUUUUCUGAAUGUUUAUUGAUCCUAGUGUGUUUGCAGCAUCACCAUUUUCCCCAUAUUUCAGGAGAUGGAGCAGACCAGAAGUGCUGUAGAUGAAGACAGGAAAAUGUACCUUCAAGCUGCUAUAGUCCGUAUCAUGAAAGCACGUAAAGUGCUGCGACAUAAUGCUCUUAUUCAGGAGGUAAUUAGCCAGUCGAGAGCUAGGUUUAACCCAAGUAUCAGCAUGAUUAAGAAGUGUAUUGAAGUUCUGAUAGAUAAACAAUACAUCGAGCGAAGCCAGGCCUCAGCAGAUGAAUACAGUUAUGUAGCAUGAUGAUGCUCUCCAGCAGGUGUGGUUGUAAGGAGAUCAUUGCUGUCACUGUUUGGUGUGUUCCUGUGGGAAGAAGCAGGUCUGUGCCUCCAUAACUGGUCACUUGGCAGCCCCUGUUUUUCUGCUGUUUACAACAUCACCAGUGCCACGUCAUGAGCGUCAAUGAAAAUGCCUAUAGAUAUUUCAAGCUCAUGUCAUUAUGACAUUUCUUAAAACUUUACUAAAAGAAUGAGUGAAGUAUUGCUGAAAUGUGGAAAUUUGGUUGGGUACCAUGCUUUUUUUUUUUUUCCCCCCCCUCCUUCACGUUUGCAGUUGAUGUUUUUUAAUGUAUCUUAAAAGAAAAAGUUAAACUAAAUAUUGUAAUAUGACAGAUAUCCUAAUAAUUGUAUCUACAUUAAAAUGUAAAAUAAAAAAGAUGAACAUGAUACUGCUGCUUGUCAAAUAAAAAAAAUAAAGAA